AUGACACCGCGCGUUGGCGCGUCUCAUCUUGGCGAGCCACCCAAUCCCUAUCAGGACAAUCGAGGCCCUCGAGAUGUCAUGGAUCCCAUUCUCGAUGGCCUAAAUCCUGCCCAGCGAGAUGCAGUCACCUCAUCUGCGCCCAUUUUGCAAGUCCUCGCACCACCGGGGUCUGGAAAGACCAAGACGCUGACAGCACGCGUCGCGUACCUGCUUUCUCACCAUGGAUACCUACCUCAAGAUGUCAUUUGUUGCACGUUCACAAUCAAAGCGAGCCGAGAGAUGCGUGAGCGUCUGGCCAAGCUUAUCGGUGAGCGUUUGGAAAGUCGGCUGAUUCUUGGCACUUUCCAUUCUAUCUGUCGCAGGUAUCUGGUCAAGUAUGGGUAUUUGAUCGGUCUGAGAAAAGGUUUUGGCAUAGCGGACUCAGAUGAUAGUCGCGCUAUCUUACGGGCUGAGGAGAUGGAGCUGGUUGAUGUCUACCGUGCAUAUCAAGCAGCGCUGGCUGACUCAAGCCUCUUGGAUUAUGAUGACCUACUAGUACGCUGCUGCGAUCUUCUCAGACAGCACCCUGAGUGUGUAUCGAAUGUCCAGACCGUCCUGGUCGAUGAAUUUCAGGACACAAAUACGAUUCAAUAUGACCUGAUGAACCUUUUUGCCGCCCAGAAUCGACGCAUCACGAUCGUCGGUGACCCCGACCAAAGUAUCUACGGGUUUCGCUCAGCAGAAAUUCAAAACCUUAGACGCAUGCAGCGGCGAUACCCAAAUACAUCGAUUGUCUUGUUGGAAUCCAAUUAUCGCUCAUCGGCGUCCAUCUUGAAGUCUGCGCAGGAUGUGAUUGAGCAGGAUACGACACGACCUUCAAAGACACUACAGGCGACCCACUCAUUCGGAACAUUACCUGUGCUCAGAAAACUCCCAACGGCAAAUGCAGAGGCCACCUGGAUGGUGCUUGAGAUCAAGCGCGCUGUGGCGAUGACUGGGGGUCUCGUGCGGAUGUCAGAUGUUGCAGUUCUGCUCAGAUCAGCUUCACUGUCCACGCGCAUUGAAACAGCGUUUGGGCGAGCCGGUAUUCCAUACAAGAUGGUCGGAGGUCGGAAGUUCUUUGACCGGACCGAGGUCAAGACUUUGGUCAAUUACCUCAGAGUUGUGAGCCACACAGGACAUGCAGACGCACUACUCAAUAUUAUCAACGUUCCACCUCGUCGAAUCGGUGACGAGACUAUAAAGCAAUUGACCAGUGGCGCUGACAAGGCUCAAGUUCCACUCUGGACUUUCAUCAAAGACGUCAUUCAGGGUCGCCGGUCGACGGAGAAGAAACUGCAAAAGGCAGCAGAGCAGGGUCUUUGUUCGUUGGUCAAGCUUAUUGAAGCUGCGAAACAGAAAUUGCAGGAAUGUGCUGAUGCUUCAGCGCCAUGCGUGCUUCUUGAACACAUUACAGACAGUCUGUCCUUCCAGGAAUAUUUGAUGAGAACCUAUCCCCUAGAUGAAGACAGUCGCUGGGCGAACGUCAAGGAACUGAUGGGUCAAGCCCAUGAUGCUGCCGCCUCCGUCGGGGACGUGGCCCAAGAAGAGGAUCUACCUCAGAUUGAAGGCGUUGAGCAAGAGCAUUCACACGCCGGUGAAGAGGCCCUUUCCAAGUUUUUGGCCAACGUUGCUCUUGCCACAGAGGCCACCAAAGAAGGUGAGACGGAAACCGAGAAGGUCACGAUUUCUACGAUCCAUGCAGCCAAGGGUCUCGAGUGGCCCGUCGUGUUCAUCCCAGCUGUUUAUAAUGGGAGCAUUCCACACUCACGGGCCGAGGAACUCGACGAAGAGAGGCGGCUGCUGUACGUCGCCAUGACCCGAGCACAAGCGUUAUUGUACCUGAGCCUCCCUCUACGACAACCCCGACUCGGCGAGGGCGAGGAUGGCUCGACUACUUUGACACCAUUCUUGACACCCAAAUUGGUCAGAGAGCGCUUUCGUCCUAAGGGGCCUCAAUUACACGAGAAAGUCGUUUAUGCAAUUGCUGAUAUCCUGCGACGGCCACGUCCCACUGCCGACGAUAUGUACAAAGACCUAAAUUCACUGCCAUCUACACUGGACGAUCGAUGGACUGCCGAGGGCGAGGAAAAGAAGGACGAGGACGGGCAAUGGAAGGAUGCCCUGGACCCCAAUGACCUGGCUGGAUCGAACCCGAAACGGCGACGGGUUGAUGCCAAUCAGCCAACGUCUACGACCUACAUGUCAGCAAGCGGCAUGAUGAACAGCUCAGCCAAUUUUCAGGUGUCUACAACGCUCUCGACCGGCUUCCUCUCUGCUCGAGAUUAUGCAGCUACAGCAGCAAGCCAGGAACCCGUCGCUGAAUCUACACCCAAAGCUGCCCCCAAUCCGGCUCCUAUCAAGUCCAAGGCAUCCAGCACCGCCAGCCGUAAAGACGGGUUGACCCAAGCCAGUAUCUCCAACUUCUUUGGCGGACCGGGAAUCUCCCAGAAACGAGAACCCCUUCCUGCCAGUCAAGCGUCUAACCAGCUACCGCGAAGUCACCCAACAGCCCCAACCUCACGCCCCGGGCCCAGUCUGGUUCCGCCUGCGCUCACAUCGCACCGCCUCCAACCACGACCCUUGCAACCAAGUCGACCGGCCCUGGAACCAGCUCAACCAAGUAACUAUACGUGGAUGGCGGCUCCGUCCAGACCAGCUGUGAAACCCGCGCGGAUGCUGACGCAACCUUCUUCUGGAAACAGUACAGAGGUAGGGACCAGACCGGAGGGGGUGAAACAAGACAGCUCCACCGGCAUUCAGUCAGUCACGUUUCACACGACGACGAUGGCGAGUGUACGGCAACAGGGCGCCGGGCGACGGACGUUGGGGAUUCGGCGGAGUAUGAAUGGAUGGGAGGAGCGAAUGAAGCGGGAAGGCUGA